GGAUUUUAAAAGUCAUUUACUUAGCGGUAAUAUAACAGCAACGGGGCUGUCAAUAAAGGAAAUAUAAUAAAAAACGCGCUCGAAAUCGAUAACACAUUGUUUUCAUGAAUGGAUAUUCCAUUAGAGCAUAAAAAAGAUCAGUAACGAUAUAUAGUUUCAUAAGAAAGAAGUUAAAAGCUCCAACUAACACUUGCCCAUAAAGAAAGCUAGACUGAGAUGAAUAACAUGGUUGCACAAGUCAAGCAAGACGUGUUAACACAUAUUCCACAACUUACUCAAACCGCUCAACCGCAGCAAGUGCCACAACAACCGCCCAGGUCGUCCCCUUCCAUACCAGCCACCACCACGCUUCAUGGGGUUAACAUGGAUCCUAACCAUGUGAAAAGACCGAUGAACGCUUUUAUGGUAUGGUCGCGAGGUAAAAGAAGACAAAUGGCCCAAGAAAACCCUCGCAUGCAUAAUUCGGAGAUUUCAAAGCGACUUGGGGCAGAGUGGAAGUGCUUAACGCAGGUCGAGAAGCAACCGUUUAUAGAUGAAGCGAAACGUCUCCGUGCCGUACACAUCCAAGAGCACCCCGACUACAAGUACAAACCAAAAAGGCGGAAACCGAAACAGCUAAAAAAAGACCUAUACCCGUCAUAUCCAAAUAUGAAUGCAGGAAUGAUGCCAGGUAUAGAUCCUAAGUACGGCAGCAUGGCCUACCAACAAUCGAUGGGUUAUGGAAUAUCAAGCAUUAGUCCCGACAUGUACAGCAAAAUGAGUCCCGGCUAUGGUUACCCAGCUGCUAUAAGUCCAGGGUAUCAUCCAGUGAUGUACUCAAACUACAGUUUGAGUAGCAUGACCCCUUCUCCGACCGCUGGAGGGCGUGGUUACACCACAGUCACAAUGACUUCGCCCAAUGGAACACCUGUUAUGACGGACAGCAACGCCAAUACGUACCGCCCUGCUACCGACUAUAUGAACAGUAAGAGUUACUAUAGCAACGUCACUAGUCAAUACAGCCCCGUGCCAGCGGCCAGUGCCCCUCAGGUUCAUUCACAGGCCAGAUACCCUUCCCCUGACGAAAAUCGCCACUCAACGCAAGUCUCAAGUAACGACAUCAUGUUAACGAAAGCUAAUCACGAAAGCACGACGCCACCUACUUAUUCGUCGGAAAACACAACACGUCAUUGGCCGCAAACAACGCAACAAUCAGAUUUAUCCAGACCGGUUGCGUACGUGCCAGUUCUAUUAUGAUGAAUUACUACUACAAUUAGGAAACAAAAUAUAUUUAUUUUUAUAGAGGUCACCCUUAAGAGUGUUAUCAUUUUUGUGUUUUUUCCAUCUUGCGAUAAUCAAACUUAUGUUACGAAAGGGAAAUCAGAUUUGCGUUAUCAAGAAGUUUGUACUUUUUAACCCCCCUUGCUCCCAUUUUUCUUGCUUCGUGUCAGAUACACAGGAUAUUACAGAGGAGAAAUUCUCGCCAAAGGUGUCAAUUUUAGCACGGGAAAGAAAGAAAAACAUCGAUGAAUCUUUUCCCUCCAUAAUGUGAAAAACAUUCUAUCCUAACAAGAAAUGUUUUGCGUUGAACGUAAAGUCCAGGUUAUACUACAUAAUAAACGUCCCAAUAAUACUGUGGUUGCUUUGCAUUAUUAAAAAAAACAACCUUAUAUAGAUAAGGCCUCAAUUUCGUUGUUUAAGAAUACGUUUUUUUUACAAGUAACUUUUAUCGAUUAAAAAAGCGAUGUACACAAGUGUUACGUUUUACUUGUUACCAUGGCAAUCUCCACAUCACUUCGUCCAUUUCUUAUUCACCUUUGAUUUAAUUUUCAUAAAUUUAUCUUCGUUGAAACGAAGAAAGGUAUAGAUAAAUGUUAGUGUCAUUGAGAUACGAUUAUUUAACAAAGUAUAACUCCGUGUAAUAUAUUCUCAUCUUGUUCAAUUUAGACAAACGGAUAAAAUAUAAAAUUAUGAGUAAUAAAAACAGUGUUAUAUUUAAGAACGUUAACUUUUUUUUGUGAAAAGGAUCAACCUAGAAUA